GGUUGCCUUGCCUAGCUAAAAGGGGAAGAAGAGGAUCAGCCCAAGGAGGAGGAAGAGGAAAAACAAGACAAACAGCCAGUGCGACUGAGAGGAACGUGUGUCCAGUGUCCCGAUCCGCACGGAGCUAGUAGCUGGGAACUAGGUGCCCUGGCCAACCUCUGGCCCUAUACCAGCCUGCUGCUUGCCCACUGAGGCCAUGGAUCCAGGAGUCCUGCUGCUUCUGUUGGUGGCCACAGCUUGGCCUGGUCAAGGGGUCCCAGUGAUAGAGCCCAGCGGUCCUGAGCUAGUAGUGAAGCCAGGUGCGACGGUGACACUGCGAUGUGUGGGCAAUGGCAGCGUGGAAUGGGAUGGCCCCCUCUCACCCCACUGGACCCUGGACCCUGAUGCCCCCAGCAGUGUCCUGACCACAAACAAUGCCACCUUCAAAAACACGGGCACCUAUCACUGCAGGGAGCCUGGAGACCCCUUGGGGGGCAGUGCCACCAUCCACCUCUACGUCAAAGACCCUGAUCGGCCCUGGAACUUGUUAGCGGAGGAGGUGACGGUGUUUGAGGACCAGGAUGCACUGCUGCCCUGCCUGCUCACAGACCCAGCACUGGGGAAGAACGUCUCGCUAGUGCGUACGCGGGGCCGGACCCCCAGGCGCCAAACCAACUACUCCUUCUCCCUCUGGAAUGGCUUCACCAUCCACAAGGCCAAGUACAUUGAGAACGACUACUACCAGUGCAGUGCCCUGGUGGACGGCAGGAAGGUGACGUCCCUGGGCAUCCAGCUCAAUGUGCUGAAAGUCAUCCCAGGGCCACCAUCUUUGACACUGGAGCCUGCAGAGCUGGUGCGGAUCCAAGGGGAGGCUGCCCAGAUUGUGUGCUCAGCCAGCAAUGUUGACGUUGACUUCGAUGUCUUCCUCCAACACAAUGGAACCAAGCUCGCAAUCCCUCAACAAUCCGACUUUCACGACAACCAUUACCAAAAAGUCCUGACCCUCAACCUUGAUCAAGUAAACUUCCAAUAUGCUGGCAACUACUCCUGCAAAGCCACGAAUGCGCGGGGCACCCGCUCUGCUGCCAUGGUCUUCCGGGUGGUAGAGAGUGCCUAUUUGAACUUGAUCUCUGAGCAGAACCUCCUCCAGGAGGUGGCUGUGGGUGAGAAGCUCAAUCUCGAAGUCAAGGUUGAGGCCUACCCAGGUCUGCAGGGUUUUAACUGGACCUACCAGGGACCCUUCUCUGAUCACCAGCCCAAGCUUGAUUUUGUCACCAUCAAGGACACAUACAGGUAUACCUCCACCCUCUCCCUGCCCCGCCUGAAGCCCUCCGAGGCUGGCCGCUACUCCUUCCUGGCCAGAAACGUGGGAGGCUGGAGUGCUCUGACUUUUGAGCUCACCCUUCGAUACUCCCCAGAGGUAAAAGUCACGUGGACCUUGACCAAUGGCUCACGAGCACUGCUCUGUGAAGCCUCUGGGUACCCCCAGCCCAACGUGACAUGGCUGCAGUGCAGGACCCACACGGAUAGAUGUGAUGAGGCCCAAGUGCUGCAGGUCUGGGAGGACUCACACCCCCAGGUCCUGAGCCAGGAGCCCUUCCACAAGGUGACCGUGCAGAGCCUACUGACCAUCGGGGCUUUAGAACACAACAGGACGUACGAGUGCAGGGCCCACAACAGCGUGGGGAACAGCUCCCAGGCCUUCAGGCCCAUUGCUGCAGGGACCCGCACACACCCGCCUGAUGAGUUCCUCUUCACCCCGGUGGUGGUCACCUGUAUAUCCAUCAUGGCCCUACUGCUGCUGCUGCUCCUGCUGCUACUGUACAAGUACAAGCAGAAGCCUAAGUACCAGGUGCGCUGGAAGAUCAUUGAGAGCUAUGAGGGCAACAGCUACACCUUCAUUGACCCUACCCAGCUGCCCUACAACGAGAAGUGGGAGUUCCCCCGAAACAACCUGCAGUUUGGUAAGACCCUUGGAGCCGGCGCCUUUGGGAAGGUGGUAGAGGCCACGGCCUUUGGUCUGGGAAAGGAAGAUGCUGUCCUAAAGGUGGCUGUGAAGAUGCUGAAGCCCACGGCUCACACUGACGAGAAGGAGGCCCUCAUGUCAGAACUGAAGAUCAUGAGUCACCUGGGCCAGCAUGAGAACAUAGUCAACCUCCUGGGAGCCUGCACCCAUGGAGGUCCCGUCCUAGUCAUCACUGAGUACUGCUGCUACGGGGACCUGCUCAACUUUCUGCGAAAGAAGACUGAAGCCAUGCUGGGACCCAGCCUGAGCUCAGGCCAGGACCCUGAGGGGGGCACUGGCUACAAGAACAUCCACCUAGAGAAGAAAUAUGUGCACAGGGACAGUGGCUUCUCCAGCCAGGGUGUGGACACCUAUGUGGAGAUGAGGCCUGUCUCCACUUCCUCUUCAAACAAUUCCUUCUCUGAGCAGGACCUGGACAAGGAGGACGGACGGCCACUGGGGCUUCAAGACCUGCUCCGCUUCUCCAGCCAAGUUGCCCAGGGCAUGGCCUUCCUUGCUUCUAAGAACUGUAUCCACCGGGACGUGGCUGCCCGCAACGUGCUGUUGACUAAUGGACAUGUGGCCAAAAUUGGGGACUUUGGACUGGCUAGGGACAUCAUGAAUGACUCCAACUACAUCGUCAAGGGCAAUGCCCGCCUGCCAGUGAAGUGGAUGGCCCCAGAGAGCAUCUUUGACUGUGUCUACACGGUGCAGAGCGACGUCUGGUCCUACGGCAUCCUCCUCUGGGAGAUCUUCUCACUUGGGCUGAACCCAUACCCUGGCAUCUUGGUGAACAGCAAGUUCUAUAAACUGGUAAAGGAUGGAUACCAAAUGGCCCAGCCUGUGUUUGCGCCAAAGAACAUAUACAGUAUCAUGCAAGCCUGCUGGGCCCUGGAGCCCACCCACAGACCAACCUUCCAGCAGAUCUGCUCCCUUCUUCAAGAGCAGGCCCAAGUAGACAGGAGAGAACGGGACUAUGCCAAUCUGCAGAGCAGCAGCAGCGAGCCAGAAGAAGAGAGCUCAAGUGAGCAUCUGGCCUGCUGUGAGCAAGGGGACAUCGCCCAGCCCUUGCUGCAGCCCAACAACUACCAGUUCUGCUAAGGAGGCAAUAGCAGGGAGCACGACUCUCCGCUUCUCUAAGCUUCAACUCCUCCAUGGAUGGGGCAACACGAGGAGAACACACAAACUUUGUAUUGCCCGUGGUCAUUUCACUCAACAGCUCGGCCCAACUCUGAAGCCUGGGAGAGUGAGGGAUCCAGGAAGGUCAAAGAGGACCCCACUCCCCGAGCCUGGGCCAUCACUGCCAGUCAGGAGCUAGGGGCUGAGCCCUGCCCUCUUUCCCUCACUGUCCUCAUGGUGUUAGUACCAUGUUUGCUAUGCCAACUGGUAGAACCCUCAGCUCACCCUCUUGACCUUUUUCCCCACUUCCAAGAACUCCCUUCCCUAAUCCCUUUGUCUCUCAAUGGAAAUGGACUAAUUUUAUGCCUUUGAAGUUUCUAGGAGCUUCCCUGAUGUUAAGAAAAUAAGGUUCCUUGGGGCUAGACAGAGGCAAUGGAGGAUCCCCUCUCUAUGAAGAGCAGUGGGAGUGGACAGAUGCUCACAGACAUUCAGCUCAGGCCCCUUGGAGCAGGGUGGCUCCUUUGUAACAAUCUAACAGGACCUCCUAGUCUCUGCCCUAUAGUCUUUUUCACUCCACAGCCCCACCUCACCCAGGAUCUGGUACUGAGCCAAGUGGCAGCUAAACGUUAGGGGUGUUCCACCCAGUCGCUUGUCAUCCUGGGCUGGAAAGCAGGGGACCUUGGCAUGUGGCUGGCCACACCAAGCAAGAAGCAUGCAUACCCCAAGCUGACUCAUCAUAACUAAUAGUCACAUUGUGGGAUGUCCCUCUACACAUUAAACUAACCGCAUUAACUCA